AUUCUUGAAUAUAAUUUGGAAAUGUUGCAACCAAAUUUUUAGGAAGUAUGAAACAUGGAGGAGCUCGCUGUAGAGGUCCUGUCCAAUAAUGGAGGGUAUUACAAGGCAUAUGUGAAAAAUAUUCAUGUUGAAGAAGUGACUGUUGCCCGUCAAGAUAAUUGGACAAACGCUACUCGUGUAGAGUUUGCCAAAGUGCGCUUACCACCGGUGUCAAACUUACGCCGCGAUCUCUAUGUCGAUGAUAUGAUAGAGGUCCUGUCAAAAGUUGAAGAGAAAGAUCCACCUUGUUGGUGGCUUGCUCGAAUUAUCUCAAAGAAAGGCGAGUUUUACAUUGUACAAUAUGUUGGUUGGGAGUCGUCCUUUAACGAGAUUGUACCCCGUGAAAAAAUGCGUCCUGUCAACACUAAUGAAGCGAUCACGCGGUCUAUGUAUAGUAAAUGUAUAAUUGAUGUUCCUCAAGAUUUGCAGCAAAUAUGCAAGGAUGCAAACGUUCACCGCGAAUUCAAACUUCAGAGCGGAGUAGCAUUGGUGGACUACAGUGCUGAACUUGCUAAUCUUAUAUGUUUAUCGCGAUCAGAAAAGGCAGUGAAGAAAGCCGCAAUACUUAGCGAAAUGCAUUUCCGUAGUUUGAGAACGAGGUUACUGCUGUACAGCUGGAUAAACGAUACAGCUGUUCAACUACAGCAUGCCCAAACUCAAUUUGGUAUUACUGAAGUGUUGAAACUUCCAGAGAAUUUAAUGGGUCUGGCUAUUGGUGCACAGGGAGCAAAUAUUCAGAAAGCUAGAAAACUUCCUGGUAUUCGAUCAAUAGAAGUCGACGAAGAAAAAUGUUCGCUACACAUUACAGGCGAAAAUGAAAGUUGCAUCAGUCAAGCAAUAAGUCUUUUGGAUUUCGCUGAAGAAGUCGUUUCUGUCCCAAAGACGUUUGUAGGGAAAGUUAUCGGUCGAAAUGGUAAAAUUGUACAGGACAUUGUUGAUCGCUCUGGUGUUUUUCGUGUGCGAAUUGAACCUCCCGAGAACAAGUGUAACGUUGUAAAUGAAGAAGAUCCUCAGAAGUCUGUUAAAAAAGAAGUUAAUUUCCUGUUUGUUGGUACACGUGACAGUAUCGACAAUGCAAAAAUGAUGCUGAAUUACCAUCUAAGUCAUUUGGAGGAAGUAGCAAAAAUAAAGAAAGAAAAAGAAAAUCUUGAACAAAAGUUAAAGAACAUGGGACUUUCUCCACAAGCAGGACCUUCAUAUUUACCUUCACUGGCCGAAAUGAGAACUGGAACAAAUAUUGCUAUGUCAGGAUUUGAAUCAUCACGUGAUCGAUCAUUCACUACAGAAAGUUAUGCUGGAGACUUGAACAAAGCGCCUGAAUUCACCAGUAAUAGAAGCGACGAAGUUGACCUGGGACCAAGGAUUCGUACAAGUAGUAUGAAUGAAGCAGGAGUAGAAACGAGGGAUUUAAAGACUGUCACUGGAGCAUUACGAGGGAUUAAGGAGGAAAGAGAAGACGACAGACACGUUCAAUCUGUUCACAAUAGAGCACGAGCCACUACUGAUUGUUUGCCGCCAAACCUUGAACGGAAUAAUUGUCAAAACAAUCAAAGAGAUCGCUCUUCUAGUGACGGAGGAGCAGGACUUGUGAAGAAGAAAAUUCGUCAAGAAAGAAAAGGAAUCAAUGAAAAUUGGCGACAGUCUAGUGAAGAAAAGGAUCAAAACUGUACAGUUGUUUUAAAUGAUUUGGAAACACAAGAGAAUGAGAUAUUACGUGAAAAUAAAAAUGUUGGAGAUUCAAGUCAAAGUUAUAAUAAAAAAACUAAUUAUUAUGGAACAAACAAUAGAGGGAACAUGAAACGAAACCACAAACAUGAAGACAAGAAAAGUGAAAUAGAGAAAGGCUCACGUCAAUCUGGAAAUGGAGGUGUUCAUAACGUUAAAUGAGAACAGUAAUAAAAUUUCAUUUAAAAUCACUUCUACGUAGUUUAUGCUUGGUCAAUGAUUUCGUGCGCCUGUGUGAUUAUUCAAAAAUAAGCUAGUUUACUUACUGGAUAUUCCUACGAAAUAUUCCAUUGUAGUUCUUUAUUUGUUAUUUGAGAGAUACUCCUUUUAUGAAGUUCUUUAAUAAUUCUUUAUUGGUUAUAGUGCUGACCUAUAAAAAGUGAAACAAAACAAUUUAUCUGUAAGAUAAUGUACAAAAAAUACAAAAAUAUUGUAUAUAUUGGACUAGUCACCAGAAUUGCUUUCUAUGGUAAAAUCUAUAAAUUGAUGUAUAUACAACAUA